GUAAAGUGCGUUUCAAUUAUUCAAACUUGCGGUCACAUAGGAAGCGUGAAUUCAAUGGCUGCACUAAGCUUAAGUUUCCGCCGUUUGAAAAGGAGAAGAAAAUGUUUCUUUAUCGGUGCUUUACACCGAUAAGAAGCUAUUCUGAGUCUAUAUUGUAAUGCGAGAAAUAGUCAAUAUUCAAGUAGGCCAAUGCGGGAACCAAGUUGGCUAUAAAUUUUGGGAGCUUAUUUGCUCGGAACAUGGUAUAGACGAAGUCGGUCAGUACAAGGGGAACUAUAAUAAACAGCUCGAAAAAAUUGGCGUGUAUUUCUCAGAAGGCUCAGACCAUCGUUAUGUCCCUCGUUCCAUACUUGUCGAUUUAGAGUCCGGGACUAAAGACUCUAUCCAGUCCACACCUUUCGGACAGUUAUUUCGUCCGGACAACUUUAUUUUCGGCCACUACACACUACCACCACACCCCGGGUACAUCGACUCCAGCAUUGGAUACGCGUUUGUUGCCGGGGAGGGAGGAGCUGGCAAUAACUGGGCCAAAGGAUUCUACACUAAUGGCAGUAACUUACUCGAGCAAGUGCUCGAAAGCAUGAGGAAAGAGGCGGAGGACUGUGAUGCGAUACAAGGCUUUCAGUUGCUCCAUUCGCUUGGUGGUGGUACGGGGUCGGGCCUAGGGACACUGAUACUGUAUCACCUACAGGAGGAGUACCCGGACAGAAUCCUCAGCUCCGUCAGUGUCUUCCCAUCACCAAGGGUCUCCGAGAUUGUGGUAGAGCCGUAUAACGCAGCGUUGAGUGUUCAUCAACUGCUGGAGACUACAGAUGAGGUGUUUUGUAUCGAUAACGAGGCGUUGUAUGAUAUUUGCUACAAGACACUCAAACUUAACACCACUACGUACUCGGACCUGAACCACAUCAUAUCAAACACCAUGAGUGGUCUGACCACGUGUCUACGCUUCCCAGGGCAGCUCAACGCAGAUCUGCGCAAACUCGCUGUGAACAUGAUCCCGUACCCACGAUUGCACUUCUUUAUGCCAGGAUUUGCGCCGCUGACCAGCAGGGAAUGCGUCUCCUACCGUGCUUUAACUGUUGCUGAUCUAACACAGGCGAUAUUCGACAAUAAGAACCUUCUGAUCGCGUGUAACCCAAAGCGAGGCAAAUACUUGACGUAUGCCGCCAUGUACCGCGGGCUCAUGUCUAUGAAAGAGGUCGAGGACCAGAUGGCAUUUGCGCAAGAUCGCUACAGUUCACUGUUCGUCGGCUGGAUCCCCAAUAAUGGUAAGGUUGCAGUGUGUGACGUCCCGCCCCAUGACAUGAAGAUGUCUGCAUCCUGUAUCUCUAGCAAUACAGCCAUUCAGGAGCUAUUCAAGCGGAUACGACUCCACUACAAGCUCAUGUUCCGGAGAAGAGCGUUCCUGCAUUGGUACACAGAGGAAGGCAUGGACUCACAACAGUUCGAAGAGGCAGACAAUGACAUCCUCGACCUGAUCUCCACCUAUCAGCAAUGUGAAGACAUGAAAGCGGAAGACUGCUUUGACGAUGAAGACAUCAAGCUUAUAGAAUUCGAGGAGUUUGAAGACUCGCUAGAGACCUGGGAUAGCUUAGACGUGACGGGGGACUCGCUAAUGGACGAGAAAAUCAAAUGACGCUCACCCCCUUUUGAGAGAAAAAGACACGAAAUGGAGGGCUCAAUAAAACGCAGAAAAUCAAAUGAUGUAUACCAACUCUUGGGUGAAACGGAAUACUCAAAAAAUAAAGGAAGAUUUGAUGAGAACAUUAAAUGACUCAUACCUCCUCUAUAUAAAAGAAAAAGCACGGAACGGAACGGAGGAAAAUUAAUAAAAAAUCAUGGGGAAAUAAUGAUGAGAGCUGGGAUAAUACGGAUUAUACCACCUCUAGGGAGCAACAGAUGGUAAAAGGAAAAUAUUCCCUCAAGGAGGUAUAAAGAGCUCCGGCAAGAGACUCUCCAUCCAGGAAGUGAAAUUUUGACAAAUUGAGCAGUUAUUCUUUGUAUAUUUUAGCGAAAGCGCCGUCUGCGUCGCAAACAAACUUAAUUUAUACGAUGUAUACAUUCAUAUGGCCCACUGGGAAAGGGUUUGUAAUAAAAAAAAGUUGGGUUUUA